AUGGAAGUGAAAAUCGAUGGUCGGCAGUUACAUCAUCUUCGCUUUGCUGAUGACAUCGUCCUUAUAACACCAAACAUUAGCCAAGCAGAACGUAUGCUUGCCUCCUUUGAUAGAGCCUGUGGAAAGAUUGGUCUUCGACUAAAGCUCAUAAAAACGAUGUUUAUGAGAAACGGAUUGGUUUCGUAUGCCCCAUUCACGCUCAACGGAACGAAUAUCUCCGAAUGCUCCAGUUAUAUCUAUCUAAGUCGGGAAAUCAAUAUGAUGAACGACUUAGUUCCAGUGCUAAGCAGAAGGAAAGGAGCGGCCUGGGGAGCUUUCAAGAGCAUCGAGGGUGUAGUGAAGAGGACAAAGAACACCCGACUCCGUACCCACCUUUUCGGCUCAACGGUGCUUCCUGCCCUAAUAUAUGAGUCAGAAACCUGGUCACUGCGUAAGCAGGAUGAAAGAUCACUCAGCGCUAUCGAACACGCAGUAGAAAGGACGAUGCUAGGAGUAUUCCGUUUCACCCAAGUAAGAGAAGGGAUCUGA